GAUUUCUCAAAGUUGAACCGGAAGAAGCUAAGAUUCAAAGCAACUUCGGCCUAGUCGACCAGUUGGCAGCAUUGCUAUGGAUCAAAGCAAACAUCGAAGCUUUUGGUGGUGACCCGACCAAAGUAACAUUGAUGGGACAUGGUACUGGAGCGGUAUGCGCCAGUCUUCUUACCAUCAGUCCCAUGGCUAUACAUGAAGGAAAAAAACUCUUCCAUAGAGCCAUAUUGAUGAGCGGUACAGCUUUAGCAGACUGGGCAGUGGUCAGCAAACCUCUAGAUAUCUCCAUACAAGUAGCCCAAUCAUUAAACUGUCAGUUACAUGAUAAUUUUUCAGACUGUUUACGAAGAAAAAGGUUGGAUCAAAUUAUGUCGUCUGCGGCAGUUAGCGAUCCGUAUAGGACAACCUUUGGACCUGUGGUGGAUAAUAUAUUUGUGCCUAACGACCCGAAAAAGUCAAUGGCCCAGUACACGGACAUAUUUAAAAGGUAA